AUGCAGAGUACGAAAAGCGCAAUGGAGGCGUUUGAGAAGCUGGAGAAAGUCGGAGAAGGAGCAUACGGCAAAGUCUACAAAGCGAGAGAUCGCGCCACCGGUCAAAUCAUCGCUCUGAAGAAAACCAAACUUCAUGAAGACGAAGAAGGCGUUCCCUCUACCACUCUUCGCGAGAUCUCCAUCUUGCGUAUGCUUUCUUAUGAUCCUCAUAUUGUCAAGCUGAUGGAUGUGAAACAAGGUGUGAAUAAGAAAGGGAAUACUGUUCUCUACUUGGUAUUUGAGUACAUGGAGACCGAUGUUAAGAAGUUUAUCAGGUCAUAUCGCCAAAAUGGUGAUAACAUUCCACCCCAAAUUGUCAAGAGCUUGAUGUACCAGCUUUGUAAAGGUGUUGCUUUCGUUCACGCCCAUGGAGUGUUACACAGGGAUCUUAAGCCCCACAAUCUUUUGAUGGACCCAAAGACAUUGAGGCUGAAGAUAGCAGAUCUUGGACUUGCCCGAGCUUUUACUGUACCAAUGAAGAAGUAUACUCAUGAGAUUUUGACCCUUUGGUAUAGGGCUCCUGAAGUCCUUUUGGGUGCAACCCAUUACUCAACAGCCGUUGACAUGUGGUCUGUUGGAUGCAUAUUUGCUGAACUAGUCACAAACACAGCCAUAUUUGCUGGAGACUCUGAGAUUCAACAAUUGCUGUACAUUUUCAGACUGUUGGGUACUCCCAAUGAAGAAAUCUGGCCAGGAGUGAGCGAGCUCAAGGACUGGCAUGAGUUUCCCCAAUGGAAACCCAGCCUCAUUUCAACUGCUGUCCCAAAUCUGGAUGAAAAUGGCCUCAAGCUUCUCUGGAAUAUGUUGCAGUGUGACCCAUCAAAAAGGAUCUCAGCUAAGAAAGCAAUGGAACAUCCGUAUUUUGAUGAUCUUGACAAGACCUAUCUUUGA